UGGAUGGCUGUCCUUCGAACACACCAUCGCCUCAUCAGGCUCUUCGUCUUCUCUUCCACUCUCUCUCUAUCUCAACCGCACUCUUUCUCUCUCUAAAACUCCUUCCAUUUUCUCUCUCAAGCUGAGGAUGGCAGCAGCAGUGCAGUCUCUUGCUAUCUCUUCCUCCAUUGCAGCUUGCCCACGCCAUCAUCAGCCUCCUUCAGGACUAGUAUCCCUCUCUCACGUUAUUUGCUCGAGCACACGAUCCUCAUUCACUGGGCUCUCAUUGCAGUUUUCUCCUCGAAGGCAAACCCAAAUAAGGAAAAUCACACGAGGGCCUGCUCCAAUUCUGAUGAUGGCGAGGCCGUCAAUCCAGUUCAUCCCAGGAACCGACGAGCAAACUGUACCUGACGUGAAGCUAACAAAAUCGCGAGAUGGUACAAAUGGUGUUGCAACUUUUAGCUUUGACGAGCCUUCUGUUUUCGAUUCAUCUGCUGAGCUUGGUGACAUUACUGGUUUUUACAUGAUCGAUGAGGAGGGCACGCUUCAGUCUGUUGAUGUUAGCGCUAAGUUUGUCAAUGGAAAGCCUGCGAGAAUAGAAGCCAAGUAUAUCAUGAGGACUCCAAGAGAAUGGGACCGAUUCAUGAGGUUUAUGGAGAGGUACGCGAAUGCCAACGGCUUGCAGUUUGUCAAGAAAUGAGGCAGAGUAUAUUCUUGGCUUAAUUCUUGCUCCCCUAUUUUUAUUUUCUAUGUAAGUUUCUUGUAAUUUGAACAUUAUUGGUUGGCAAAAUUUUGUCUAAGUUUACUUAUACUGAAGUUUGAUAUUUCAGGUUUCAAAUGGUUAUAUAUAUGUGUGAGUGUCUGGGUUACA